GGGGGCGGGGCGGAGCCGCGGCGCCGUCGUCAGAGGAAGAGGAGGAGGUUUGUGUUGCCAGCCUGGCUGUGAGGAUCGCUGAGACGAGGCUGCGCCUGAAGCUGAAGCUGUUCUCGGACACAAACUCGGUGAGAGCAGAAACCCUCCGGUCCUCACCGGAAGCUGACAGAGGCGACGGUUCCGGUUAUCCAGAAACUUCUACGGUUCAGACUCUUUACUCUGACCUGAACAGAGACAGUCUGUCAGCGAGACUGCGCACAGGUGAGCCCAGCACAGGUACGAUGGCGCUCUGUGGGUGGUGGUUAAUCCACUUCCUCGUCUUCACUUCCUGCUCAGCUCACGACUUCUUCACCUCCAUCGGUCACAUGACGGACCUGCUGUUCACGGAGAAGGACCUGGUCACCUCGCUGAAGGACUACAUCCGAGCGGAGGAGAGCAAACUGGAGCAGAUCAAAAAGUGGGCAGACAAACUGGACGUCCUCUCGGCAGCUGCCACUCAGGACCCCGAGGGCUUCCUGGGUCACCCGGUGAACGCCUUCAAGCUGAUGAAGAGGCUGAACACGGAGUGGGCGGAGCUGGAGAGCCUGGUGCUCACCGACGUGUCCGAUGUGUUCAUCUCCAACCUCACCAUCCAGAGGCAGUACUUCCCCAACGACGACGACCAGACCGGCGCUGCCAAAGCUCUGAUGAGACUGCAGGACACCUACCAGCUGGACACCAACGCCAUCUCCACCGGCGAGCUCCCAGGCUCCUCCUCCACCUCCUCCGCCUGGAGCACUCUGACCGUGGACGACUGCUACGACCUCGGGAAGGUGGCGUACUCGGAGGCGGAUUACUACCACACCGAGCUGUGGAUGGCUCAGGCCCUGAGGCAGCUGGACCAGGGCGAGACGUCCCGCGCCGUGGACGCCGUCACCGUCCUCGACUACCUGAGCUACUCCGUGUACCAGCAGGGGGAGCUGGAGAGAGCGCUGGAGUUCACCAGGAGGCUGCUGGACCUGGAUCCGACGCACCAGCGAGCCAACGGGAACCUGAAAUACUUUGAGUACCAGCUGGCCAAACAGAAGAAGGUGGAGAAGGUGGAGGAGAAGGAGGAGGACAGCAAGGUGAGGCAGAGGAGGGAGAGCAAAGACGACUACCUGACUGAGAGGAAGAAGUACGAGCAGCUGUGUCGCGGCCAAGGCGUCAAGCUGACUCCCCGCAGGCAGAGCCGCCUCUACUGCCGCUACUAUGACAACAACCGGCACCCGCGGUACGUGAUUGGCCCGGUGAAGCAGGAGGACGAGUGGGACAGCCCGCACAUCGUGCGCUACCACGACAUCGUGUCGGAGAAAGACUUGGAGAAGGUGAAAGAGCUGGCCAAGCCCAGGCUCCGUCGAGCCACCAUCUCUAACCCCGUCACCGGCGUGCUGGAGACGGCCCACUACCGCAUCAGUAAGAGCGCCUGGCUCGGAGCGUACGAGCAUCCCGUGGUGGACAAGAUCAACCAGCUGAUCGAGGACGUCACGGGGCUGAACGUGAAGACGGCCGAGGACCUGCAGGUGGCUAACUACGGCCUGGGGGGACAGUACGAGCCGCACUUCGACUUCGGACGGAAAGACGAGCCGGACGCGUUCGAGGAGCUGGGCACGGGGAACCGGAUCGCCACGUGGCUGCUUUACAUGACCGACGUGCAGGCAGGGGGCGCCACCGUCUUCACUGACAUCGGAGCUGCUGUGAAACCCAAAAAGGUGUUCAGCCUGAGAGCUAAAGCUUCUCGAGAACAAAGAACGCUGCACAAGAGCGUUCCUUGUUCUUCCGAUGAGCCAGACACUACAGACCGAGAAACGCUCCGUCACCCGUGUCACUCCCUGACCUUCAUGACUGUUACAAAGACGGCGAGGAAUCAGAUUACUCUCGUCAUCACGGGAACCAACCAGAAGCAAGAACCGAUCGAAUCUGAACUGACGAUCGAUCGUGUGGUUCUGUGA